AUGUCGGCGUACUUUCCGUACACUCCGGAAUUCAAUGGACUCACGGGACAGCAGAUUCAAAAGAUUGCUGACUCUCAGCAUCCAAUAAAGCCCGCAGGCGCUGGUAUCGCCAUCCAGGGAAUUGUCUACACGACGGCAAUCUUGUGCACGGCAGUCUUCAGUCUUCGAGUAUGGGUACGGUUUAUUCGACGAGAACAAGGAAGGCCGAUAGGCAUCGAUGAUUACCUGGCUGUCGGAGGAUUUGGUCCGUAUCUUCCCGCCUGUGCUCUCGCCAUCGCGGGCACAUACUACGGCGUUGGAGCUCCAGAUGAUGCCGUCACCCCGUUUAUGAAGAUCAGAGCCAAGGAGCUGCAGCUGUUGUACGAGCUGAUCUACUUUGGAUCUUCAACACUCACCAAAUUUUCCAUUGCCUUUACCAUUUUGAGGAUAUGCACAAAAAACCGCUACAGAUUUGCUCUUUAUGGCGCGAUGGGAACCAUGGCCCUCACUGCAUUCGGUGCGCUCAUCUUUCUCUUCUCCGACUGCAGACCAUUUGCAACAAGAUGGAAUCCGUUUUUGGGAAAAUGCUGGGCUCCGGCGCCGAACGGGUGGUUCAUCAUGAGCUACAUCGGAACAUCCAUCCAGGUCGCCACGGACUGGGUCGUCGCCAUCACGCCGUUUUUCAUCGUGCGUAACUUGCAAAUGAACCAGCGGAAGAAGAUUUCAGUCUGUGCAAUUCUCGGUCUCGGCGUACUCGCCAGCUUUGCAGCCAUCAUGCGUAUUGCCAUGUAUCCCCAGACGGACGAGAGAUACCACCCAAAGGACAAUUUAGUCAAGGAAGCUCAGCUCGUCAUCUGGUCGCAUCUCGAGGGCAGCUUUGGAAUUAUUGCCUGCAACUUACCGCCUCUGAAACAGCUCUUCAAGGCAUACUACCGAGGUUCAUCUGAAAGGUCGGGCAACCAGUCUGCACCCCUAUCUACUGGUGGACGGGGGACGCAGCUCGGCGACCUGGACGCUCAAGGCAAGUCGCACAUGAAGGCCGGAUCUCGCAACACCUGGAACAGAAUCUCCGAGGACGACGAUACCUCCAGCAAGCACCAUAUCAUUCGAGAAACCGAGGUCAGGGUCGAGACGAGCAGUGUCGACCCCAGAGAAGAUCGGCAUGACCAGUGGGAGACAGACGUGAAAGCCAUUGUUUGA